GCAAUGGUAGAAUGGGGCGGGGAGGCGCAGGCGCGCUCGGGGCGGGUCGGGCUGGAGCCGCUGUCCGUCUCUGUGGGGCCGCUGCUGCGGUCGCCCCGCCACGCCCCAUGGCGGCCUCCGCGCAGCCCUCGGCGCCGCCGGCGUUGAGCGCGGAGCAGGCGAAGGCGGUGCUGGCGGAGGUGAUCAAGGCGUUCGGGGCGCCCGAGAACGCGCAGCGCAUGGAGGAGGCUCGGGACAACGCCUGCAACGACAUGGGCAAGAUGCUGCAGUUCCUCCUGCCCGUGGCCACCCAGAUCCAGCAGGACGUGAUCAAGGCCUACGGCUUCAGCAGCGACGGCGAAGGCGUCCUGAAAUUCGCCCGGCUGAUCAAGUCCUACGAGUCGCAGGACCCGGAGAUCGCCAGCAUGUCCGGCAAGCUCAAGGCCAUGUUCCUGCCGCCCAUGACCCUGCCGCCGCACGGGGCCGGCACCGGCGGAGUUGCUGCCUCCUGAGCCCGCGGAGUUAUCCCGGUGCUCCGGCUGGUGCCCUGCUUCCGAGGUGCAGGUCCUGUCAGCCCUGGGAAUGGGGCAUUGAACAAGGGAGACGCGGUCCUGGAAGGAAUGGGAUGCUUCGUGCCCGCUCAUGUGUCUGCUCGUGAAUAAAACGUGUGUUGAAAAUG